AUCAGCAUGGCACCAUACUUACUAACCGCUACGUGGCGCCACAUUAGACGUGACGCAGUAACUACUUAUUAUCAACCUACUAUGUAAUAGGAUUUAGUAGUGAAUCGUCUACCGGUUGUGUAGGAAGUUAUGAAUGUAGUUCUUGUUACAGUUUUAAGAAUAAGAGGUUAUCCGAAAUAUAUACUAGUCUCAGUAGAGUAUUCUGAGUCGCGUGCGUGUUGUUUCUUUAUUACUGUGACCUCUUGUUAACACUGUUGAAACGGAAAACCUUAUGGUAGCAUGUAUUGUAACGUAAGUUGUAACCCGAGUUGUGGUGUGUAUUAUACCGUAGCAUAGAAAGAAGUCGGUACUCUUCGUAUAGCGAGUGACGGCACGUGCGAUACAUAAAAAUGUCUAUACCUUGUCAUACGACUGCUUGUUCGAAACAGAUAGUAUGUUAUAAAAAAUGGGGCAGCGAUAGCUCGUGUUCUGAUGUACUUCUGCCGAAAGAUAAUUGUGUCAACUUGGAAGAAGCAAGAUUGUGGAGAAUACAGAAGAACUGUGUAAGAAGACUCUGGAAAGGGCUUCAACGAGCUUGCCGGUGCCUACUGGUACUACUACUAGGUUUGAAUUCUCCACAGAAAGCAGCAUUCCGCCCCUCUAGCACAAUGUAUCCUCCUCUUCUGUUACUAGUGCUGUUUGUUUCAGCGGUUUUCAGGAUAGCAGAAUAGCUGUGUACAUCACAGAACGGAUAAGUCUCCGGGUUUGUUAUUGUAACCGGACUGGAGUCGACCAGACUCUGUCAGCAAGGCCUAGACACUGGACAAAGCCUUCUUUUGAGCAAGAUGGCUGCACAGAAACUGCGAUCAUAGUAAGGUCCCUGAGCGUGGUACUUAUCAUUAUGUGGAGGUCCUCAGCCAGGGUGUGUAAAGGUCAAGCGAAAACUUUUCGUAACCCCUGAAAUAUGUAGUACGUAACGAAACCGUGGCGGGUCAUAAAUGGUAUACAUUGUAUGGUCAGUUUUAUCAAUAUUUGAAAAAGUGAAAAAUCUUAAGAAGGACUUCUGCCGGGUCACCUUAAAGUUCAGUGUGACGAAGACCCCUUAACUACGUGUUGCCUCACAGAAGUCUUCACCUAUUCUUCCUGCCAUCAAGUAAUAAAGCAGUAUAAGCGACGGUUCCACGAACUUCUCAACUAUUUCA